AUGGCAGCCAAUGAAGCUCUAAAGAGUCUGGGUUCUCUCUUUAAAUCUGAGAAGGCUAAAUUGCAAGAAAUUCAUACGAGUCUGAAAACUGACCAUGAAUCAUUUCAAACCUCCAUCUCCUCUCAAAUUACCAAGCUUCAAGAUGAACUGGCAAUAGAGAGUAAAAUCAAGGACUCUCUUGCCCUCAAUACGGAAGAAGUAAAGGUGUUAAGUGCUAAAUUGGAAGCUUUAGAGAAACAGGCUCGUGAAGCCGAACUGGAUGAGCACCAACGAAUCAUCCGAGAGGCUGAAGAAAAAGAAAGAGUUGAGAAAGAGGCUCAGGCCACUCUUCAAAGCAAGAAGCUUUUAUUUCCCAAGUGGACCUUGAAGCGAAUCCAGAAUGAUGUUGUUGAUUUACCUAGCCAGUACUGGUUAGAGCCAAUUGUGUCAUUCGAUCUUCAAAACACACAGGAUUCGCAACUGGAUCUACCAAUCACUCCAAUAGUUUUCAGAUUUCGUGCUUUUGUGAAACUUGCGAACGUUUCAAUCACAGAUAGCGGGGCUGAUCACAUGAUGUUCUCUUUUUAUCUAAAGCAUAUGAAGCCGCAAUAUGAAACAUGGUCUUUAAGUAAAAUAACUGGUGUGAAAGUCACAGGACCAAUCGAGACUGACAGCUUUCCAAAUGCAAAGUUCAAAUUGGCAAGAGGUUCAGCCAGACAGUGA